UUAAUGUCUUAGCAAUCACUAAGUUAGUUUUCAUAACAUAGUCAAUUACAAUAAUAAAACCAGUAGCCAGCUUAAAAAGCUGGAAGUUCAAUUGAAGACAUAACUUAAGAUUUAGAAGAAUUAUUUGAAUCUCUAAAAAGUAAUAAUCAUUAUAAAUUAUUUUUUAGUUGAGAAACAAGGAUCUCAAGUUGAUCAGAUUGAAAAAUCAACAUUAUUAGCUUUACUUCUUUAUUUAAACAUAGACAAAUCAGAAACUUAAUUUUUCAAUUAUGUUGUUAGAACAUUAGAUCAAAUGCAAUCUGUAAACAAUUAUUUUUAACUUUAUAGACUACUUUAAACAAGGAUUAAUUUAAAUCUUUAUUUUUGGAUCCUUAAAUAAAUACAGAAAAUUUGAAAAGCGAAGAGUUUGCAUAAAUUUUUUAUGUUUUUGAUUAGUCAAAGAAAGGAUCGUUUAGCGCAGAAGAAUUCCUAAAAUUAUAUAAGGAAACUUCUGAAUAUUUAAAUUUAACUGAGAAUUAAAAAUAAUAAAUAGAGGCAAGAAUAAAAAAGGAUUUUGAGAUUAUAAGUCCUGAACACAAAGAAAUUACCCCGAUCGAAUUUUUUAAGAUAAUCAAUAAUUAAGGCUGA